AUGAAUAGAUUUUUAUUAACCUUAACAUUAUUUUAUUUCUUUUUAAAUAGUAAUUUUAUAUCAAAUAAAAAAAUUAAGAUUUCUGUUUUUUCGUAUGUUAUCAUAAAUGGCAAAAAUAUAAAAUUUCUCAAAGAGAAACAAAGAAUAUAUUCUAAAAAAAAAAUAAUUAAAUAUCAAGAUGUUGUUACACAAAAAGACAUCUCAAAAAUAAAUACGCUUGUUUUAGCUUUGCUAGAAUACAAGAAAUUGCAUAAUAAUUUAAUUGUUCCUGAAAACUAUGUCUUAAAAUCAGAAGAGAAUGAAAAUUUAAAAAAUUUUAAAUUAUGGAAAAAAUUACAGGAAAUUAAAAGUGAAAAAAGUGAAAAUAAGAGAAAGUACAUUUAUUUUAUUUUAAAGAAAAUGAAUUUCCCUUUAAAUACAAUUUUUACACAAGAAGAAAUAGACAAAUAUACUACAGAGGAUGAAGAAAUUACGACUAUAUCCAAGUUGUCAGAGGAAGAUAAUAUAAAUUAUGAUAUUAGUGAAAGACAGGAAGUUAGAAAAGAAUUGUUUUCACCAUUUUUUAAAAAGACAAAAGAUAAAAAAAGUGAAAAUAUAAAAGAUUUUUUGGCUUUAUAUAAAUUUAUUCCAAAAAUAAAUGAGCAAAAUAUGCUACCAAAAUACUCCAAUAAAAGUUUUCGAAAAAAAGGAAUUCUUAAAUAUAUUUUAUAUGACUUGAAAAAAGAUGAGAAAUUUAAUUACCAAUAUAAUUAUUAUCACGAUAAUAUUUAUAAUAAUAUAAAUGAUGAUGAAUUAAACGAUUAUUUCAAGUUUUUUAUGAAAUUUAAAAAAACAAGCGAACAUUAUGAUUUUUUUGUUAAUAGAACAAGAUCUUUCUUUAAUGAAGAAAAUAAAAAAGAGAAAAAGUAUUUAUUAUAUACUCGUAGAGAAACAGAAGGGGGGCAUUCAUAUGAUUUUGAUAAAUGGUCUUUUUCAGAUUUUAUAGAAGCCUUAGUAUUUUUUAAUGAUUUAUAUAUUGAUUUAAAUAAAGAGAAUUACGAAAAAUUAAAAAAAGACGAAACUAAAAAAUUAGAUAUCGUAGACUUCAACAUAAUAUAUCCUAAUUUUGUUAUUCCUAGUGAUGAUAUAUGGCCUAUUGAAUGGCAUGGUAUGUAUAUUGAACAAAUAAGAAUGGGAGAUAUAGACGCAAAAUAUCAUUUUAUAAGGAGAAAGAUUUUAGAUUAUUUAUUAUUUGAUUUUAAAACAUCAGAAUAUGAUAAUAAAUAUAUAAAUUUUACUUGGAGAAAACUAUAUUUAGGAAUUGCAUGGUUUAUUCACACAAGGGGUCAUCCAAUAGUUAUAUCUCCUUUUGAAAAAAUUCAAUUUGAUGUUUUUUCAAUGGAUUUUUGCAAACCUGAAGAAAUUCAAGGACUUUUUUUGGGAUAUCUAAUUAUCCAAGCUCAAACUCAUGAGAAAAUAUUUUGGAAUAAUUAUAGAGAUAGAUUUGAUUUUUUAAAAAAUUUAGAAAUAAAUAUUAGGAGUGCCGAUGAAUUAAUUUUUUAA